AUGCUGGCCGCCGACAGCCUCAACUCGACCAUGAUCUCCCGCGUCCCUCUCCUAGCGAGUUACCUGCUGGCGAGGACCGCGUCCGCGAGCCUCGCCCUUGCCGACACCAUUCUUGUCCGCGCUGAAGAUGUCCUCUCGACGCCAUACUCGGCCCUCGUCUCCGCCGAGGCGCUGACCGCCAAGUCGCUUUUGCGUCGCCAGCAGCAGGCCGACGCCGGCAACAGGACCGACGGCAUCCAGCUGCAGCCCGACGGCGCGCUCAACCUCACGGCGUGGGACCAGGACACCAACAACGCCUGCAUCAGCACCCUGCGCUCCAUCACGCGCGCCAGCAACCCCUCGGGCAACUGCAUUUGCUACAACCUGCCGUCGCUCGACGCCAAGAGCGGCGUCUUCGAGGCCGAGCUACGCCUCUAUAAGGUCUCAGAUCCGCGCGGCAGCUGGACCGGCAUCAAGCCGUCCGACGUCAAGGUCAGCGUGUCGUAUAAUGGCGCGAGCGCGAGCCCGGUUAAGGCGGAUGCCAUGACGGGCAAGGGCAUGCAGGGCGGCAUGUCGUCAGUGAUGAGACGCUCCAGCCUGGAGGGCCGCGAGGACCACAAUCCGGAGCUGCUGCAGGCCUACAUGCUUGUAGGCCAGAUUGACGAGAAGCAGAUGUCGGAGCAAAUGUCCAUGGCUGCUCUUCAAUCGCUUGUCAUGCCGACACUCACUCUCGCUGCCACCAACACCAGCGGCAUCCGCGUGGCCACCAAUGUCAGCCUCAACGAAGCGAUUUUUCUGAACGGAGUCUUUUCGCACCAGGUUGUUCAGUCCGACUUUUCCGCCGCGCAAGCAGCCGUCGAUGACGCCCUCGCCGCCCUGCACAAUGGCACGGCUGCCUUCAUCCUUCCUGGCACCCAGCUCAUGAUCUUCCCCGUCGGUCUGAUCGUCACCUCCAUAUGGUUGGCCAUUGGACUGGCCGCGUACGGCAUGGGAACGUUUGAGCGCAUUCAGUACGCGGACAUGUAUAGGCAGCGCAUGGGGCUUGACACUGGUCGCGGACGUGGAGGCAAGACGAUUUAA